CGACGGCAGGGCAUGCCAACCGUCGGAGGGACGUCGUCAUGAAGAGACACCCGUCAAAAGGUAGGCCAUCUCCUCGUUGCCCUCGACCGCCACUUUCCUCCUGUCAACAUUUCAAUUCUUCCCCAAGAUGCGUCUCCUUCGUGCCUUGCUGGCAGGCCUUUGCCUGAACGUUGCUGCUCAUACAGCUGCUCUUCGCAUCAAACCAUACGAGAGCGAGCCCUUGCAGGACAUCGUGACAUGGGACCAACAUACUCUCAUGGUGCAUGGCGAGAGAAUCAUCUUCUACUCCGGCUCCUUCCACCCUUUCCGUCUACCUGUCCCGGGCUUGUGGCUUGACGUCUUCCAGAAGAUCCGCAGUCUGGGCUAUACCGCCGUCACCUUCUACACCGACUGGGCGCUGCUUGAAGGCGACCCGGGCACCUUCUUGGCCGAGGGCAUCUUUUCCUUGCAACCGUUCUUCGACGCCGCCACUGAAGCGGGAAUCUACCUCCUCGCCAGACCCGGACCGUACAUCAAUGCCGAAGUGAGCGGUGGAGGCUUCCCUGGCUGGCUCCAGGAAGUCCCCGGAAUCUUGCGAAGUACUGACCCAGCCUACCUCAACGCUACCCAGCUCUACGCCCAGUCGAUUGGCAAGAUCUUCGCAAAUGCCCAGAUUACCAACGGCGGGCCCAUCAUUCUUAUGCAGCCCGAGAACGAGUACUACGAUUGCCUACCGUCGGUCAAGCCAUGCCCGAACUCCACCUAUAUGGGGUUUGUCGAGAAGCAAUUCCGAGAAGCUGGAGUUACAGUCCCUUACAUCGACAACGACGACAAUGAUGGAAACUUUCGCCCCGGCACUCCUGCAGCCGUAGACAUCUAUGGAAUCGACUCUUAUCCUCUCGGGUUCGACUGCGGGAACCCCUAUCAGUGGCCAGCAAACGGCUUACAGACAGAUCUUACUUCCACUCAUCUGGAAUGGAGUCCUCUCACACCAUUCGCCUUCGUUGAGUUCCAGGGAGGCAGCUUCGACCCAUGGGGCGGUUAUGGAUGGCAGAACUGUCUCGAACUCACUGGUUAUGAAUUCGAGCGAGUCUUCUACACCAACAACUUCGCUUCCGCCAUCGGGAUCUUCAAUCUUUACAUGACGUAUGGUGGCUCGAAUUGGGGCAAUCUUGGGCACCCUGGCGGCUACAGCUCUUAUGACUACGCGGCCGCCAUUGCGGAGAACCGCAUGGUGGAGCGGGAGAAGUACAGCGAGGCCAAGCUUCUGGCCAGCUUCGUCGAAUCUUCCGCUGCCUACUACACCGCCACUCCAGGCAACCUCUCUACCACCAAGUACACCAAUACUCAAGCCUUGAGCGUCACUCCGCUCUUUGGAAACGGCUCUGCCACGAACUUCUACAUCAUCAGGCAUUCCAAUUACACCGAUCAAUCCACGACUAGCUACAAGCUCAAUGUGACGACCAGUCAAGGGCAGGUCACCAUUCCUCAGCUCGACGGUCAGCUGUCUCUGUUAGGUCGCGACUCGGUGGUGAGCGUGACUGACUUCGACGUCGGCGGAGUCAACAUUCUCUACUCCUCGGCGCAGAUCUUCACUUCAAAGUCAUACGGGGAUCGCAAGAUCUUGGUCGUUUAUGGAGCUCCUGGCACAUAUCAAGAGCUGGCAGUGUCAAACGCUGGCAAUGCGACCAUCCUCGAGGAUGGCGGAGUGAAACAGAGCACCAAACAGAAUGCGACGGUCUUGAACUGGAAGGCAGGAGGACAGCGAAACGUCGUCAGCUUCGCAUCCGGACUGACUCUCUAUCUGCUUGACCGCAAUGCUGCUUACAACUACUGGGUCCUCAAGCUUCCCAACGAACGGGGGCUCUUCGCACCAUCAUUGAACGCGACUACCGUUGUUCUUCAAGCAGGAUACCUCAUGCGCAACGCGAGCGUCUCAGGCACCACUUUGAACCUUGUCGGCGAUUUCAACGCGACCACGCCGAUCGAGAUCAUCGGUGGUGCUCCGGCCAACCUGACCAAACUCAACAUUAACGGCAACUCGACGAGCUUCAAGCAGGACAGCUACGGUGUUGUGACCGCCACCGUGCAAUUCAACGCACCCAACAUCACUGUGCCCUCGCUUUCCAGCGCAAAGUGGAAGUAUAUCGAUUCUCUGCCAGAGAUUCAACCAACGUACGACGACUCCCUCUGGCCGGUGGCCAAUCUCACGAGCUCGCACAACGAUCAUGCAAUGUUGAGGACGCCGGUGAGCCUCUUUGGUAGCGACUAUGGCUUCAACACGGGCAUCUUGGUCUUCCGCGGAAGCUUCACGGCCAAUGGAAAGGAAUCCCACUUCUUCCUCGAGACGCAAGGCGGUACAGCCUUUGGCACAUCAGUCUGGAUCAAUUCGACGUACAUGGGCUCGUUCAUCGGAAACCCGGCCGACGAAAACGGCAACAAGACCUACCCUGUUUCGAAGCUCAAGGCGAACGAGACCUACGUUUUCACCAUCCUCGUAGACGAGAUGGGGCUGGACGAAAACUAUGUCAUUGGACAGAACGAAAUGAAGAACCCUCGUGGCAUUCUACGCUACAGUUUGGGUGGCCACUCGACCAAGGACGUUUCCUGGAAGAUCACUGGCAAUCUCGGAGGGCAACAGUAUCUCGAGAAGGCGCUAGGCCCGCUGAACGAGGGUGGUCUCUGGGCCGAACGGCAGGGAUACUACCUGCCCGGCACUCCCAUCUCGAACUGGACCUCCAGCGGUGGUCCCACAGAAGGUAUCUCCAAAGCCGGCGUCGCCUGGUACGCCACGGAGAUUGACUUGGACCUACCCUCUGGAUGGGAUAUCCCAAUUUCCGUCACCUUCACCAACACCUCCAGCCCGAACGGUGCUCCGAACAGCGCUCCAGCGUUCCGCGUUGAGAUCUUCGUCAACGGAUUACAAAGCGGAAAAUACGUAAACAACAUCGGGCCGCAGACGUCGUAUCCCGUUCAGCAGGGCAUCUGGAACUACCACGGCACGAACUACGUUGCCAUGUCCCUGUGGAGUCUCGAAGCAUCUGGAGCCAAGGUAGGAGGGUUGGCAUUGACCGUGAACGGUACUAUUAUGAGUGGAUACGGCGACGUGCCCAUGGCACCUCUUGCUACAUAUGCUCCGCGAGCUGGUGCCUACUAAUUGGCGGACUGCACGUGCAGCAACGUGGUAUAUGUCCACUGCGUAGAUACGUAUAUAUCGAUGUACCACACAACGACAAACUUUCUC